AAUGCAGAGAGCUUUCACAGCAGCACAAAGCAUUUCCUCUCGUCCCGACGCGUCUCAUCAUCGCGCUUCGUGUCAUCUCAUCGUUUCGUUUACAUAUUUGUUGCUGCUCUGUUUUGAUGUUCCGCCUGUUGCCAUUUUGUUUCGUGCGCGCGCUUUUUGCCUCUCACUUGUAUUGAGCACGUUCCAUUUCCAUUCUGUUGCUGGUGCUUGGGGUGCUUAGGGUGCUUGUUGUCGUCUCAUUGGCAAUGCCAUUGCCAUGUCGUUUCAGUUGGACAUUUGGCUCCACUUACCGCACUCGCCUGUUGUAUGCUCAGCUGCGGCCACGCGUUGCUCGCAACAACACCAACAACAACAACAUCAAUAACAAGAACAAGCAGUUGGAAUAGCAAAACAAGAAGUGAAACAAUAAUAAAAAUAAACAUAAAAAUAAAGAAAAUGCGUAUAUAAAUGAAUCAUCAAAAUAAAUCAAUAGAAGUGGCCAGACGCGACCAUGUGAUGGUCGCAACGCCUUCAACGAUUCAACCGGAGAGCUGUGAAAAUUGAAAAAUUGUAUUCAAACAAAAAGAAAAAAAAAAAGAAAAAAAAAGAAAGGCUUUCCUCGCGAAGGCUUUCGAGAUGUGCCCGAAAACAUCGAAGACUACGCCGUUGCUGCUGAUCGGCGGCAUUGUGUUCGUUAUCGUUCUGGUUGCGAUCACGGGCAUAACGCUGAUUAAUAACAUCAAUUUGUCCAACAUUAUACGGCUGAAUGAGAAGGUGGCCAGCGAUAGCGUCAGUGCCAAUGACAAUCAGAUCAAGGAGCUGAACUACGUCAACAAUCAUCCAAAGAACUUGAAUGCCAACAAACAGCAUAAUGACACCGAUGAUCCUGGCGAUGCACGCAGCGUCGACCAGAUACGCCAAGAGAUGUCCUCGGUGAUCAUGGAGCCUCAAUUGUCGGCAGUCAUCUGGCAGAAUGCUGAAAAGUCUCAAUUUGUAGACAAGACAAAUGAGACAAAGACCACUCCGUCUCCAUCUCCAUCUCCAUCUCUGUCUCUAUCUCCGGAUCCAUCUCCAUCUCCAUCUGCGACGCAGGCAUUGCCCUUGGGCGGUGCAACAGACACGCCCAGUGGCAGGGAUGAUUUGAUUGAUUACGAGAAGCGCUCCACAAUCGUCAAGAUGAUGGAGCACGCCUGGCAUAAUUACAAGCUGUAUGCUUGGGGCAAGAACGAGCUGCGUCCACUGUCGCAACGUCCGCACUCGGGCAGCAUUUUUGGAUCUUAUGAUCUGGGUGCCACAAUUGUGGAUGGCCUGGACACGCUGUAUAUAAUGGGGCUGGAGAAGGAGUAUAAGGAGGGACGUGAUUGGAUCGAGCGCAAGUUCUCGCUGGACAACAUCAGUGCCGAGUUGUCCGUGUUCGAAACGAAUAUACGCUUUGUGGGCGGCAUGCUGACACUCUAUGCCUUCACCGGAGAUCCAUUGUACAAGGAGAAGGCACAACAUAUUGCCGACAAACUGUUGCCCGCUUUCCAGACGCCAACGGGCAUUCCAUAUGCAUUGGUCAAUACGAAAACGGGCAUGGCCAAAAACUAUGGCUGGGCCUCCGGCGGCAGCUCCAUUCUCUCCGAAUUUGGCACACUGCAUCUGGAGUUUGCCUAUUUGAGUGAUAUUACAGGCAAUCCGUUGUAUCGUGAACGUGUGCAGACCAUUCGCCAGGUGCUCAAGGAAAUUGAGAAACCCAAAGGACUCUAUCCCAACUUCCUCAAUCCAAAGACAGGCAAAUGGGGACAACUACACAUGUCCUUGGGCGCGCUGGGUGACAGCUACUACGAGUACCUGCUGAAGGCCUGGCUCCAAUCCGGCCAGACGGACGAGGAGGCGCGUGAUAUGUAUGAUGAGGCCAUGUUGGCCAUAAUGGACAAAAUGGUGCGCACCAGCGCCAAUGGGUUGACUUAUGUGUCCGAUUUGAAAUUUGAUCGAUUGGAGCAUAAAAUGGAUCAUCUGGCCUGCUUCUCAGGUGGACUCUUUGCCCUAGGCGCCGCCACGCGUCAGAACGAGCACACGGACAAGUACAUGGAGGUGGGCAAGGGAAUAACCAACACCUGCCACGAGAGCUACAUACGCACACCGACUCAGCUGGGACCUGAGGCCUUCCGUUUCAGUGAUGCGGCGGAGGCACGUGCUCUGCGCUCCCAGGAGAAGUACUAUAUUCUUAGGCCAGAGACAUUUGAGAGCUAUUUCGUGCUAUGGCGUCUCACGCACGACCAGAAGUAUCGCGAUUGGGGCUGGGAGGCGGUUCUCGCCCUGGAAAAGCAUUGCCGAACCGCACACGGUUACUGUGGCCUGCGCAAUGUCUAUCAGCAGGAGCCACAAAAGGACGAUGUCCAGCAGAGUUUCUUUCUGGCCGAAACGCUCAAGUACCUGUACUUGCUGUUCUCAGAUGACUCUGUACUGCCGCUGGAUGAAUGGGUCUUCAACACGGAGGCGCAUCCGUUGCCCAUCAAGGGUGCCAACAUUUACUAUCGACAGGCGCCAGUGACGCUGCCCGCAUCGAAUGCCUCAUAA